CACACAUAUAUUAUAAAAUAGUAUCUAUAUACUUAAUGGCAACUAGCAAACUAGUCAUGAAACUCCUCUACAUCCUCCUCAUCCUAUUCACCUUCACCGUAUCUCCGGCGAUCUCAACGGCUCCGGAAGGUUGCGACAGCGGCUCGGACAACCCGUGUGUCGACAAAGCUAAGGCUUUACCACUCAAAAUCGUAGCCAUUGCAGCCAUCCUUACAACAAGUUUGAUAGGCGUAAUGGCCCCUCUUUUCAGCCGUCACAUUUCGUUCCUCCGUCCUGAAGGCAACGGUUUCAUGAUCGUGAAAUGUUUUUCUUCCGGAAUCAUCCUCGGGACCGGUUUUAUGCACGUCUUGCCCGACUCUUUUGAGAUGUUGUCAUCGAACUGUCUUAGUGAUGAUCCGUGGCAUAAGUUCCCUUUCGCGGGAUUUGUCGCUAUGUUGUCCGGUCUAGUCACUCUAGCCAUUGACUCCAUUACCACCAGCCUCUAUACCGGAAAAAACGUGGUCGGACCAGUGCCUGACGAGUAUGUUUUUGAUCAGGAGAAGUCGACUGCUCGCAUUGUAGGCCACAACCACAGUCACGGUCAUGGUGUCGUGCUAGCAACUAAAGAUGAUGGAUCUUCCGAUCCACAGCUUUUGCGGUACCGUGUCAUUGCCAUGGUGUUGGAACUUGGGAUUUUAUUUCAUUCUGUGGUCAUUGGACUAUCUCUAGGAGCAACUAAUGAUGCAUGUACCAUUAAAGGACUCAUCAUAGCUCUUUGCUUCCAUCACUUGUUCGAAGGCAUGGGUCUCGGUGGCUGCAUCCUCCAGGCGGAUUUUGCAAAUGUGAAGAAGUUCUUGAUGGCAUUCUUAUUCGCUGGAACAACACCUUGUGGUAUCUUUUUCGGAAUAGCAUUGUCGAGUAUUUAUAGAGAUAACAGUCCAACGGCGUUGAUUACGACUGGACUGUUAAAUGCUUGUUCGGCCGGAAUGCUCAUCUACAUGGCUCUGGUCGACCUUUUAGCUACCGAGUUCAUGGGAUCGAUGCUCCAAGGUAGCAUCAAACUUCAGAUCAAGUGCUUCAUGGCGGCUUUGCUCGGCUGCGCCGUAAUGUCGGUCGUCGCCAAGUGGGCUUGAACACUAAGGUCUUAAUUAUCAACAUUAUUAAUCAGUUAUUUGAUUUAUUCUUCAAGGCGAAAACUCAUUCGCCUUUGUAGAUCUGAGAGUUUGUUUUUUAAUAUGACUCAUACUUUUAAUUUGUAUAUUUGAGAAACUCACAUGGCAUUAUGACAUUGUAAGAGUUUAAACAUUUAUUUGUGAAAUUGUAAAUUUAUUUUUAUAAGAAUGUGAUGUUUACUUUAC